CAUUGAAAAUGAAAGAAUGAAGGAUGAACUGAUGUUUUCUACUGAGCUGUUGACCACUACUAAAGCUGUAGAUGUGAUGGAAGCAGUAUCAGACUUUUUUAAGAAACACGAACUUUCUUGGCAAAAACUUAUUGGUGUAUGCACAGAUGGUGCUCCUUCAAUGCUGGGUUCUCGUUCAGGCUUUGUGCAGUUGGUCAAAGAGAAGAAUGCUGAUGUGGUUGGGAUCAGCAAAAACUCUUCCUAACGAACUCAAUGCUGUUUUAAAGCUUUGUAUUAAAGUAGUCAACUACGUUAAGAACAGUGCAUUAAAUACUCGACUGUUUAAAAUUCUGUGU